UCGGCGCCUCCCGUCGUGCCCCAAGCGGCGGUGCCUCCCAUCGCGCCCCAAGCGUCGGUGCUUCCCGUCGUGCCCCCAGAGUCGGCACCUCCCGUCGUGCCCCAAGCAGUGGUGCCUUCCGUCGCGCCCCCAGAGUCGGCGCCUCCCGUCGCGUCUCCAUCAGCCGCGCCUCCCUUCGCGCCUCCAGAGUCGGCGCCUCCCAUUGCGCCCCAAGCGGCAGGGCCUUCCAUCGUGUCCCCAGCGGCUGCGCCUCCCAUUGCCUUUCCAGCGGCUGCACCUCCCGUCGCCGCUCCAGCGGCUGCACCUCCCGCCGCCUCUCCAGAGCCGGCGCCUCCCGUUGCAGCUCCAGAGCCGGCGCCUCCCGUAGCGUCUACUGUCCCGUCCCCCGCAGUGUCACUCACGGUGACACCGUCAGUUGCACGACGCAAAUACCUUGGCUCGUGUCCGGCACCUGAAGAUGGGCUGGUGCACCUGGACUCGGAUGACGAUGAAGAAGGUGAGGCUGCAGCGCCAAUCGGCGUUUCCAUGGACGAUCUGGAGGAAGAAGAGCAACGCGAGCUUGCGAAGUCCGCGGCUGACAAGCAGCCUAUACGCCACGAUUCUAAACGCAAUCCCAAGGCAGCUGUUACGCCUGACGCGGUGUCUUCCCGCAAGUCCAAUCGUGUCCGCCGAGCGUCAACAAAACUCGCGAGUUCCGAAGGCAGCGAACUGGAUACGACGCUUCCGAUCGACAAACUCGUCGCUCAAGUGGAAGCAGACGACAGCCUGCCGGAAUAUUUCAAGUCUGCGGUGAGGUUUAUAGGAUCCCAAGACUACGGCCAUCACCCGGAAUUUCUGCGAAUGCUGAAGGCAUUCAUCGUAUUUGAAGCUAAAGCUCAAUUCGUCGUACGGAACACCCGUACUAAGAUCACGAAUCGGCCGGAUAUCAUCAAAACAUGGAUGACGGGCCAGAGUCGUGACUUCAAUAACAUGAAGUCAGGCGAUCCCGUUGGAGACAUAGUGGGGUGGUUCUCAUGGUGGGCAACACUUCAGCCAAAGUGGCGAGGAGCCACUAUGCCUCAUUCUCACAAUCCUCCGCUGCGCGCCAAAUAUCCCGAGUUGAAGAAUGGUCCCCUCGGCGUCGUCACCAUUGUCGCUUCUCUCGUUGCCCUUUACUGUUCCACCGAGAUGCACAGCCUGCGCCAGAAGCUAGCCGCAGGCGCCCAAGAUGUGUGCUGGACUCUGACGAUUGCUGCAACGGGCAUACCCCCGAUCAUCGACGUGGAGAGCGAGAACCAGCCUCCCCGCAAGUAA